AUGCCUAACCCUCCCUCGCCGCCAUCACCAGUCUCUUCAGGCAAGAAGAGACCACAUCCCUCCGACACUCCCCCAACGCAAACUGACCCCGUGACCAAUACCGCGCCCAAACCCUCCGUCCCGACGGCUGUGCCUUCCACCUCGCCCGCCCAUUCCACCGCCCCCGCCUCGUCCGCAUCCUCCUCAUUCCGCAAUGUCUCCGCCUGUAACCGUUGUCGACUGCGCAAGAACCGCUGCGACCAGCGUCUCCCGCGCUGCCAGACCUGUGAGAAGGCCGGCGUGCGCUGCGUCGGAUACGACCCUAUCACAAAGCGGGAGAUCCCCCGCAGCUAUGUCUAUUUCCUGGAGUCGCGCGUAGCACAUCUCGAAAAACAAUUAGCGGAUAACAACAUUGAAUUUAAGAAGGUCGUCGCCUUUGACGAGGAGGAUGCUAUCAAGCUCGAGGCUGAUAGCGACGCCGCGCAAGCUCGUUCCGGUUCUGACGGACAGGCCGGGGAGGGGUCUGCGGCGCAGAAAGAACAGUGGAAGAAAACCUCGAAAGAAGAUGGCGAUCGACCGGAGCGGAGAGGAGAGGGGGAUAAUCGCGAUGCGGACGACGACCCCGCUAACGAGGAUAGUUGGCGCCUGCAUAAUCUGGUUUCGAAUAUCGGCAUGGUUUCUGUGCAGGGUACUUCCGAUCCACGAUAUCUAGGGUCGACAUCGGGCAUUUCGUUUGCGCGUGUUGUCUUCGCUGCGGUGAGGAGCUCACUGCCCGGUAAUAUGCCGGAGCGUGCAGCGAUUCGAACGAGCGAUCGAUUGCCUCAGAGUGCGGCUGGCACUGCUGGGGGGGAGGAGUAG